UCGCAGCUGUGCCAGUUUAUUUUUGUUUUCGGUUGUCUUCUUCGCACCCGUGUCCCCUCUCCAUGGUGGAUAGGAUGAGAGGAUGGCGAAAUGCCGAGGCACCAACGAGGAGGAGAAGCUGAUGGAUUCUGCGGUCCAUCCGGAUCGCAGGGAUCAGGCGAGUGCAUCAGCAGCGCAUCCCGACAUGGAUGGUGAUGAGAGCGAGGAGCUGUCGCUGGAGGAGAUUUUGACUCUCUAUAACCAACCGAUAAACGAGGAGCAGGCUUGGGCUGUCUGCUACCAGUGCUGUAAGGCUUUGGCGCAGGCACACCGGAGGAGGAAUAAAAGAUAUCCCGCUGCCGGUGCAGUGGCUGUGGAGGGGGCGAGACGGAUAGAUGGUCCUGGGGAUGUUAUGAUCCUGAAAGACGGCGUUGUCAGCUUGCAACAUCAGAGUAGCGGUCCAGAUACCUUGGCCUCAGCUUGCUCAACCAAACAGGUGAUAGAGUCGCUGGGCAUCAUGAUCUACAAGGCGCUGGACUACGGGCUGAAGGAGACGGAGGAGCGGGAACUGAGUCCUCCCCUGGAGCAGCUCAUCGACCUCAUGACCAACAUGGCCGCCAACGCUGCCGCCAACGAGAGGGACAGCUGCCCUGACGAGGGAUACGAGGCCACAGAGGAGGAGGAGGACGAGGAGGACAGGGACGAUGGCGCCCAUCAGGCCAAAACGCCAAUCAGCAGUGUCCGCAGCUACCGGGAUAUCCUCAAGCUGUGCUCGUCUCACCUCCCCAGUCCCUCAGACGCUCCUGCUCACUACCAGGCCGUGUGUCGCGCCCUCUUCACAGAGACCAGAGAACUGCGAACCUUCCUGGAGAAAAUCCACCACGCUAAAGAGAACCUGCGUAAGAUGGAGGGUGAUGCUGUCGACGACCCUGGCCGUGAUCUGACUGAGCUGCAGAAUGCUGACUGGGCAGUUUUCUGGGUGCAGGUGAUGAGGGACCUGAGGCACGGGGUGAAGCUGAAGAAGGUGCAGGAGCGGCAGUACAACCCGCUGCCCAUCGAGUUCCAGCUCACGCCCUACGAGAUGCUCAUGGACGACAUACGCUCCAAACGCUACAAGCUGCGCAAGGUCAUGGUAAACGGAGACAUUCCUCCACGGCUAAAGAAGAGCGCCCAUGAGGUCAUCUUGGACUUUAUUCGCUCAAGGCCUCCGCUUAAUCCUGUAGCGGCCCGUAAGCUGAAGCCCCAGGCCGAGCGUCCUCAGAGCCUCCAUGAGAAGAUCCUGGAGGAGAUCAAGUCCGAGAGGAAGCUGCGACCUGUGUCCCCCGACCAGAUACGCAGGAGCAGACUAGGUGCAGGCAAAAGCAUCAGCACCCCUCAGGACCUGCUAUGCAGACCAGACGUCUCAUCCCCUGAUUCAGCCAGGAAGGCGGUCAGCACCUUGUCCCUGGCCAACGGGGUGCCACUGCAGGCCAAUGGGGGCGCUGGCUCUCAGGGUCUCUUCCAGAGGAAGAGGCUUCCAGCCCCCACACUGUCCGAAAUGGACAGCUCAGAGUCUGAUGAGGAGGCAGGGGCCCGCAGAUCAGGCAGCAGCUCCAGCAUCUCCACAUCUGCAGUGGAGGAUACAUCUCCAGAAGGCACUCUGGGAAAGAAAACGCCGCCCUUGUUCCUGCCCAUCUCGUCAACCCCGCAGCCUGAGCGGCGGCAGGUGACCCAGCGGAGGCACUCCAUAGAGAAAGAGACGCCCACUAACGUACGCCAGUUCAUGCCGCCCACCAGACAAAGCUCCAAGUCUCUGGAGGAGUUCUGUUACCCCGUGGAGUGCCUGGCGUUGACAGUCGAGGAGGUCAUGCACAUCCGGCAGGUGCUCGUCAAAGCCGAGCUGGAGAAGUUCCAGCAGUACAAGGACAUCUACAACGCCCUGAAGAAGGGAAAGCUGUGCUUCUGUUGCCGGACCAAGAGGUUCUCUUUCUUUAUCUGGUCCUAUACCUGCCAAUUUUGCAAAAGGCCAGUGUGCUCUCAGUGCUGUAAGAAGAUGAGGUUGCCUUCAAGGCCCUAUGGCAGCAUGCCCAUCUACUCUUUGGGCCCCUCCACCUCCACUGCUACCCUGACCAAGCAGCCAUCUACCCAGAAGGCAGAGAAGUCCAGCGGAAGCCCCCACCGGCCUAGCCUGCAGAGGACCAUGUCUAGGUUAUCUAAGCACAGUACCAGCUCCUCUUCCAAGGACGAGGUGGAGCUUCCCAAAGAGCUGACGGAGGACUGGAGCACCAUGGAGGUGUGCGUGGACUGCAAGAAGUUCAUCUCCGACAUCAUCAUGUCCAGCAAGCACAGCCUCUCCCUGGCCACCAAGCGUGCCCGCCUGACGCGCAAACCCCACUCCUUCAGCGUCACCUCGGGACCCUCUUCGUCCAAGGGGGCGAUGUACAAGCCUUCGGAGAGAACAAUCAAUGAGGUGUAGCCUAGCCUAACCUCGCUGCUGUGUUCGUGCACACUGAUGGACUUCCCUCUCUCUUAUUCUCUGACCUCAGCCACCUUUAAAGUGACACUCAGUGAAACUGUCCUCAAGCAGUCAUGUCAUUCUCUUUUCCCUUCCCUUCCCUUUCAUAUCAUCUCUUUCUCUCUCUCUCUCUCUAUCUCUCUCUCUCUUUAUGUAUGUAAGGUUGGAUCCUAUCUUUGGCUGUGUUUGUCUUAGUGAGUCAGUGUGUUUCAACAAGCUUUGCGGAGGCUGGCUGGCUAUUCCUCACGUGUGCACACACAGUAGAGUAGUGGGCGGUGUCGUGCUUGUGGGACACACAAGAACUUGAGCACUAUCAGCCAGUUCAGAUCAGAUAAAGGUUACAGAAGGUGACUAAUGUUUCCAAUGUACAUAACAGUGCCUCAUGGUCCUCAUCCAUCCAUCCACCUCCCUCCCUUCAGGCCACUACUGGAACUGCAACAAGUUUGGAGUCCUUUUCCUUCUCUCUCCCUGGUUCACUUCUUCAACACACUUUCUUCCUCAAAGCACACACCAUCCUUUCUGUGUUUUAAGAUUUUUUGGGGGGGCUUUUUUUACUUUAUUGAUGACGGGGCAGUAUGAGAGGUGGAUAGGAAGCGAAUGAGGAGAGAGACAGGCAGG